UGACAACUCGUCCUGUCAUUUGUUUGUGUGAGUAUGCAUUUGAAGAGCUCGGAGCGAGGGAGUGUGCCUUCUCAAAGAACGAGGAAGGAGUGUCAAUAACCAAAAGGGGUGUAGGAGCUAUAUCCCGAAAACCCUUUUGAUAUCCAGUGACAAAACCCACAUGGAGGGAGAAAAUGGUGGUCCUUCCAUCAGGCUAUUUUUCCUCGGAGAGGUUUCUGCUGUCUGCUGCAGCGUUGAGGUUUCCCUUCUCUGAUGCAGUUAAAUACAGCGUCCUGGGCUUGUCGGUUGCUCUUCUUCUGGUGGCACUUGGUAUCAUGGCAUGGCAGGCCUAUAAAUGUUUCAAACGUCCGUCUGUCACACCUCAAACAGUGAAUGGUGAUUUGCUGUACACCGAUGACGUAUCUAAAAUAACAGGACAGUACAGAGGGAUUCCAACUAUCAAGGUCGAGGAUGCUGACAUGGACAUCUUGGAAUCCACACAGGAAGCAGGAGAGGAUAAAAAGAUUCAAGGAUGGCUCCACUAUUCUGUGUAUUAUGACGCACAGCAGAACCAGCUCGUAGUUACUAUCUUGGAGUUGGAGGGGCUUCAGCAGCAAAGACAAACCAGCAGCCUCCAGCUGUUUGUCCAACUAAAGCUUUUAUGGACUGGAUCCAAGACGAAGGGGCCAUACAUUGAUGAAGUGGAUGAAGGGACACCACUUGCCCUGCGCACAGUGCUGCAGGACUGGCGGACUCGCAUUGUCAAGGGCACCUGCAACCCAUUGUUUGGAGACCAGUUCACCUGUAUUCUGCAUGAUGAAAAAGAGCUUGAUCACAUGGACCUUCGAAUGGAGGUGAGAGACUUUGAUAAAUUCUCCAGAGACACAGCAUUGGGAGAGGUGAGGACCCCUCUGAAACAACUCAAUAUCUCCUACCCUCUGGAGCUAAAAGGAAAGCUCAACACUCCGCAGAAGGAUCUUGUAGGGGAAGUUCUUUUGUCACUGAGGUUCCUCCCAACUUCUCAAAGGAUUGAGGUUGGAGUGCUAAAAGUUCGAACAGUCCAUAAGGAGCAACACUUGGAUGCAGUCUUCUAUGCCAGGGUCAGCGUGCAGUGCAACCAGUGCAAGUUGAAGUACCAGAAAACCUCAGCAGUGACCCGUGACACGAUGACUGUCUUCAAUGAAGUUCUUGUUUUCUCCUUGCCAGAACUUCCCGUGCAACAGGUUAAAAUUUUAGUCUCUGUUUUUGAGACUCAGUCAAGUAGGAAAUCAUCCAAGCACCUCAUAGGACAGUUAAUUGUGAAGAAGGACAAUCAUUCCGAAAAUGAACACUUGGGUCUUAUGCUCCGCUCCAUCCGUCAGCCCAUAGCCAAGUGGCAUUCCCUACUCAUCUAAGUUUUGUCUCAAGAACUUUAUCUACACCUCCAGGAUGAUUGAUUUACUUAUUAAAUGAAGUGGGUAGUGCUUUUCAAAAACUUACUAAUUUACACCAAACUACUUUUAACACAUUCUCUUUUUCCUGACAUCCAGGAAAAUCUGACACUGACAACUCAUCAAUAUUUUAGGGGUAUUAAUUUAUUGUAGAAGGACUGCAUGACGGUCCCUGUAUUGUUUUGGAACAAGCCUUUGUCAACCUCUAGUGGUUCGAUAUUUUUUUGCUACUGCCUUAAAUCAAUAUAUCAUUGUUGAAAUUGUUAAUAUUCUUACAAAAACAUUCGACUAAAAUACCUUGCUGACAGUUUUUGGAAAACAUGGACAACUGGAUGCUUGUAAUUUGAUUCAGAUUGUGUCAUACUGUUGCAGAACAAUGGGUUCGACAAACAGUAGGCUUCUUUUGAAUAAAAUGACUUGUUUGUGAAUUA